ACAGUGAAGGCCUCUGCUGCUGUAUUCUAAUGUUGGUCAUCAUGGUGGGACUCAGAGAGAUCAGUGUUUUCUCAGGUGGUACAGUGGACAUAAAGUUUGAGAACCACUGCCCUACAGAAUGAUUUAAAGAGUUGCACAGAUUCAAUAGGUCUUGGUAAAAGAAACAAAAUACACUCAAAAUAUAUUUUUUUAAUUUGUUUUGAUUUGGGCAUUUGUUCUUUAAUAGGAAAUUAUGUUUUCAUUUGUUGUAAAUAAGAAUGUAGCUAACUAACUGGAGGAAACUGGAAAUAACAAACGACCAAACAUAUGCAAAUGAAAUGAAAAAAUAUAAUUAUGAAUAUCAGAUUUCACUUGAUGCACGCAAUGUUGUUUUAAUCAGGUCUAUGUGAAAGAAUCAUGAGAACAUCCAACUGUGUUUGACCCACUGACAGCCUGCACUGUCGUCGGUGUUAGUUGGACCAUAAGAUUAGAGGAAUCUCUAGUCAGUAAAUUGCGCCCUCUGCUGGAUGAAGGUUUAACUUACAGCCAGUGUCCCACUCCCCCUGAAUAUUGUUACAGGCCUCAGCAGCCUGUGUUCAAAUGUCCAGUGUAAGAACAUCAGAGGAGCUCUGUCUGUCGUUUAAAGCUCCUGUCAUCAUUGGAACCCUGAUUCCUGCAUGGCCACCGUGUUCAGAGCUAACAAACAAACCAGUGUGAAACCGAGACAAGAGGAAGAGAAAACCAUCCAAACCUAGUAUACAUGUGUCUAUGAGAAAUGUAACAGCCUUUCUACUACAGUGCUGUCCCAGCCCGGGUCAUUAACAGCUGCUGUUUGAUGGGGUCACGGGUGACGGAGCACACUGAAGUCUGCAGGCUGAGAACACGUCCGUGGGAAUGGAUGGGAGGGAGAUGGUCUGUUGACACAACCAGUAUAAAACCAUUAUAGUCAACAGCCGAAUGAUACUCUGACAGACACUUGCACAGACAGGCUAUAUAUUUAACCACAGAUGUCAGCUGUUUUCUUGUAUUUCUGAUGAGUUUUGAACAAUUUACUAUGAAAUAGAUUAUUCUACACAACAUCUUUUAAAUUAAUAAUAAUAACCCGUCGUCAGUGGUUUUACUAACCUGAAGGUUACAUUUUUAUUUGCUGUUUUUUUUUUUUGCUACUCAAAGACACGUACACUGAAAACAAAAGGGCAAAACAAGCCAUAAAAACUGUAGGAAAUAGAUAUGGAACAUAUAUAGGAUAUAAAUAUUUGUACAUCAAAAUAAAAAAAAACACGGUGUAAACUGUAGAAAAUAUUUUUUACCCAUUAAAAGAAUUAAUAACUGGUGUUAAUUCAGAAAGAAAAUUCAACCCUGAAAUAAAAAAAAACUGUGGGUUUAAUGUGAACAUGUUCAAUAAUGUGUUUUAGGAUCCUGAGUUUAACUUUGAAGUGGAAUUUGUUUUUCCGUCUGACUUGAAGUGUAGGCUCGCUGCUGUUUGCGGUCGGCUGUGGGAAUUAUGGCACCUUCUCUGAGUCGAAACACAGGUGAGAAGUGAAACUACACACAGUAUAUAAGACGCCAGCCUUCACUCUGACCAAGCACUGACAGCAAGGUUGCCUUUUGGAACCUUGAACCAUUCCACCAAGUAACUUCUUCUUCACUUUUGUAGAUUAAACCUGAACGUCCAGUCUUUGGGUUAGCCAUGGCUGUCCUCAUUUGUCUUUUCCUUCUGUCAAGUUGGACGGCGGUCACAUUUACAUUUCCUCAUCACUUUUUUGACAAGAACAUUUUGAAAAUAUCAAGCGAUGACUCAGAGUCAUCUGGCAGUGGACCAGAUGAGUUCUCACGAGGACUUGUCAAGGUGGUCCAGUUGGACCACCACUCUUUUCCCCGGUCUGGGUUCUUCAGAAGAGGACUGACCCCUAAAACAGCUCCUUCCAUCAGGUCCAGAGUGCCGCUGCCUGCCUUCCUGUCACAGGGCCGUCCCGGUCCAGCCACAGGCUCCAGGGCGGCUGUGAGUCCGUUCAACUCUCUGCAUCACAAAAGUCCAACGGUACUUGAGCAGAAGAAGAAACAGGGCAGACAGAUGUGGCAAACAGCCAUCGGAAAAGAAGACAAGACAAUGUCUGUGCCAAUCAGCCUGAAGGAUACCAAACAGACGUGCACUGCAGUGGCUUUUACUCAGCUUGUGACAGCAGAUGGAUGUGACUCAGUGAAAAUCCAGAACAAGUUCUGUUUUGGCCAGUGCAGCUCUCUGUUUGUUCCAUCUGAAGGAGACUUUGCUGCUCUGGGCUCUGGGCUAGGAACCUAUCAUCGCCGCGCUCCCUGCUCUCGCUGCGCUCCGUCCAAAGCUCACACUGUUACUGUUCCCCUGCACUGUGGAACCCAGAUCAGAGAGAAGCGCCUACUGGUGGUUGAAGAGUGCAAGUGUGAGACAGGCAGUGAGGAAAGAAGCGUCGAAGCCACAGCUCCCAUGCUGCUCUAAACGUUGGCCGUUGAUUUUGUUUACAGUUGUGGACCAUUUUUACAGUUGAUUUGAUGAAAAAUGUAUAAACACAUUUCAGUAAUAUAUUAGUCCAGUGGUUCUCAAACUUUUUCUACUCUGUACCACCUGAGAAAACAUUAGAAUAGAGCAGCAGAGGCCUUC